CCUCAAGGUUACAAGGUAGAUUCCUCUCCAACUACACCAAGCCAAACCUUACUUGAUUAUAUAAGCGUUGUAGCGUGGUUAAGUACCUUUAAAAAAUAAAGGGAUUAGGACAGAUACAAUAAUUUAGGACAAAUUCAGAUUAACUAAAUAGGGCCUAGAUGUACUCGUACCUGAAAUGUGCAACCGAAAAAAAAAAAAUAUAUAUAUAGUAGUGCAACCGAACCAGAAUUCACACAUCUUACUGCCCCAACCACAAGGAAGGCGGGAACUGCAUUAGAAGUCACCAAACCAAAGCUAGCAACGUCUAAUCAUAUCCCUUUCAUCUAAAAAAAAUCCACCAAACUCACCUAAAUUACUCUCAAUGAACUCUGCUGCUCUUCAAUCUGACAUUCGAUCAAUUUUUGUAUUGUGAAUAGAUGUUCUAACUCUGCUGCUCUUCAAUCUUUCAUUCGAGAUGUUCUGGAGGGAAAGAGAGAGAGAAAUCAGGGAUAACAAUGGCGGCCCCCCUAUUGGCACGGUCCGUGUCUUAGUUGUGGGAGAUUCUGGUGUGGGUAAGACAUCACUUGUCCAUCUCAUUCUAAAUGGUUCUGCAGUAGCACGUCCUCCCCAAACAAUUGGUUGUGCAGUUUCAGUUAAGCAUAUAACUUAUAGAAGUUCUGUGAGCUCAUCAAAUGGCUUGGAGGGAGAUGUAGAUAGAGAUUUCUUUGUGGAACUUUGGGAUGUUUGUGGACAUGAACGCUACAAAGAUUGCAGAUCUCUUUUCUAUUCACAAGUGAAUGGUGUCAUUUUUGUUUAUGACAUCUCUCAAAAGAGGACAAAAUCAAGCCUACAGAAAUGGGCUGCUGAGGUCACUGCAAAUGGGACUUUCUCAGCACCUCUGGCAUCUGGUGGGCCUUAUGGGCUUCCUGUUCCCUAUAUUGUAAUCAGUAACAAAGCAGAUAUCACAGCAAAGGAGAGUGAAAGAGGCAGCAGUGGUAAUCUUGUUGAUGUUGCUAGGCAAUGGGUUGAGAAGCAAGGUCUACUUUCAUCUAGUGAAGACCUUCCAAUGACUGCAAGUUUUCCUGGAAAUUCAGCCCAUAUUGCUGCUGCUAAGGAGGGUAGAUUUGAUAAGGAGGCUCUGAUGAAGUUUUUUCAUUUGUUGAUCAGGAGGAGGUAUUUUGCCGAUGAAAUACCUGCACCAUCUCCUUGGGGUCUUACAUCUCAAAGAACUAGUCAGCAUUCAACUGAAAUCUCAAGUGAUGAAGAUAUUUUGCCCCCAUCUGCAAGGUUGAGCAGCAAUCUGUACAAUCAUAACGUCCAUCCUCCUCUUCCAGCUCAACGUAAUCUUCCACCUCCUCCCACUUUGUACCCUCAACAACCUGUAUCCAAUUCUGAGAACUAUAGUUUCCCAAGAAUCUAUCAAAAUAUAUAUUCAGAGUUCAGUUACUCCAAAUCUAAGCGAACUGAUAUUGAUGUCUAGUUAGUAGGGAAGCUAACAGCCUGCAGGCUUGGACAGGCUCUUUUUUAAUGCUUUGGUUAGAAUUGCCAGAUUGCCGGCUGGUUAUCAUGUUUGUUCGAGUGCAGCAACCUCAUGUAGUAUUUGUUUUCUUUUCCUUCUAAAACUAGCCGAUGGGUGUUUUGGCAGGCGAAUAGAAGUUAGAGCGACAUUGAUCCUUUUGUUGCGUGUAAAUGUGGGUGUUGUUUGUAUAUAUUCUUCCCACACAAUGAUAUGGCUGAUGUACAGGGAGGUCACUAUAAUGAAAAUGAAGGUUAUUUGUCAAUUGUUUGUGUUAA